UUUAGGUGCAUACUAUGAAUUAUAUGCGGAUCUAUCAAGCUGCAGCCUUUGAGAUAACAACAACAACUUUUCAAUAUUUAUAUUAUUGUUUACAAAACUUUCGCCGGUGAAGUGUUAUUUGUUGUUAAUUCUUUUCAAUUUGUUGUUAGGGCAAUUGAAAGAAUAAAACGUCAAUCCACGUACAUUGUGCUGCCACAGAGUGUCAAUUGAGUUAACGAUUGAUAGUUCAUUAACUAGUAAUGGCCACAAAACGUACGAAAAGACCUGCUCUUCAGACCAAAUACAGUGAGCAGAACCGCUUCAUGGAAAAAUUAAUGGCGAAAAUAUUUAGCUUCUACGACGAAAAGUCUCUAACCGAUGUCACAUUUAAAGUAGCAAACGCAACGGCUCUUGUACCCGCGCAUCGUUUGAUACUCGCAGCAGCGAGUCCUUACUUCGAGAACCUUUUCAAAGGCAAUAAAGGCAAUAAUCCUAUCAUCGAGAUAAAUGAUGUAGAUAGCGAUAUUUUUGAGUGCCUAAUAACCUUUUGCUACACCGGUCAGGCGCUGAUUACCGCUAACAAUGUCGGUGCUAUGGUAAAGGCGGCAAUCGUUUUGCAAUUGGACGAUGCCUUGACCAGUUGUGUGGACUACAUUAUGACACAAAGCGAUGAAUACACAUUACAUGAUGCUUAUACGCUAGAGCGUGAAAUUCAAAGUGAGCUUCUUAAGCAGAAAUUCAUCGAAUACGAAAUACAGAAUUUUAUGGAGAUCAGCCAAACCGACGAGUUUCUGAAUUUUAAUGUUGAAAGAUUGAAAUAUAUUCUGGAAUCUGACAAUUUGAAUAUAACUUAUGAGGAAGAUGCCUACGAUGCCAUAAAUCGCUGGUUCAAUUACGAUAUUUCUGCACGUCAAGAACAACUACCACUUUUAUUAGCUUGUCUCCGGCUUCCGCAAUUCAGUAUCGAUUUUCUAUUGACACACAUAGAGCCAUUACCUGCUGGUGAUCCACUGGCCUUCAAGGCGUUAUCCGAGAAUAGAACACCUGCAGCACGGACUCCGUUCCCACGACGAUCGGGUCUACGCAAAGUACUGUCAACUAGGCGGAACUUUGCUGCUACAACAAACGCAACAACACGGACAAAGAAAUACAAACCAAAACCACGUCAGCUCAGCGCUGGAAAUUGUGUGAAAACAUUUCUGGCAUUUUGCUCAGGGACGAAUCCGAAGCUGCUGCAAUAUAACAAAGUUGAGGACAAUUGGCAGGAAUAUGCGAGCAUAAAAUGCGACCACAUUUGUUAUAGAACUAUUUUAAAGGAUGAUAAUAUAUUAUUUAUUGGCGGUAAUAAAAGUGGUGUCACAUCCAACACCGUCCGCAGCUGGAAUAUACCGAAAAAGACAUGGCAACAUUUGAAUUUGCCUGCCAUGAAACAAGCAAGAAGCUCACACUGCAUUGUCGAAUUAGAUGGUAAGAUCUACGCGAUUGGUGGUUUUGGGGAUAAUAAAAUUCUGCAGUCGGUAGAGAGAUAUACGGCAUGCGAUGGGUGGGAGUACGUGCACAAUCUGAUUGUUGGACGAGAAGGUGCCGGAGCAGUGACUUUUGGUGGUAAAAUUUAUAUAAUGGGCGGUUAUAGUGACGGUGAAGAAUUAAAAUCCGUCGAGAGCUACAAUUCGGAUUCAAAUACUUGGACUCCUUGCGCGGAUACGAUACUACAUCACUCUUUACCUGGUGUAGCUGCACAUAAUGGUCACAUUUAUGUUUUAAGCAGUAUCGGUAUUGAACGAUACGAUCCUCAGCAAGACACAUGGACACAGAUUUGCUCUUUGGAAUUUGGCCGUGGUCUUAUAGCUUGCGCAUCGCUAGACAAUAAACUGUGGGCUAUUGGUGGCACCUCCCAAUCAGGCGAAAAGUUAGAGUUCAAUGACUGUUGGGUGGAAAGGUGCUCACUACCCACAAAUGACGUUUAUAACUGUUUUGUUGUGCCUGAAUCCUUGCUGUCGUCGAAAUGAUUCAAUAAUAAUAUAAUUAUUGUUCCUUUUUCAAUUUAAAACUUCGUUUAAAAUAAAUACUUUUAUAAAAAUAA